CUGUGACCCUUACACAUCGGUCUUGACGUCUUUUAUAUUCUAAUUUUCAAUCAUGAAAAUAAUAACGAUCACCACUUAUUGUUGUCUACUUUAACUUCGGUUCAACUUCACAUAUCUCAUUUGAAUCAAAGUGUGUGCUAUUUCAAUGUUUGUUCCAAUUGCUUGCGAAUUAAUUAUAUCUUCAAGAGAGCUUAAUUCGAAUCGAAUAGAGUGGCAAAGUGUUUAAUUGUGAUCAGUGCUUUCCUGUGUGUAUUCGAGAGCAGAUGAAAUAAGAAUUGAAUAAAAAAAAAAUAUUUUCAAUUAAGAGCUAAAUAAUAAACACCAAACAUGAAGAUAAAUUUCGUAAUUUGUGUAAUUAUUUCAAAUGUGAUCUAUGGUGCGAAUGCAAUACCACAACAAAAUACGGUGUCGAAUGAGACCUAUAUUGACAGACUUAAGAGUUUGUUUAAAACACCUAGUACAACAAUGCCCGAAACGCAAUACACAACAGAAUCCACAACGCAACCAACUCCAAGCGCUGGGAGUUCUUUUACUUCGAAAACAAAUGAAGUAACAUCAAUAUUACCAAUUACGCCCACCAUAACUGAAGAAAAUUGCACAUGUGUAUCUUAUGAACUAUGCAAACCGGCACAAUCAAAAAUGGAUCAAGCUUGCCCAAAUGCAAUAGAUGUUUGCUGUCUAGGUGGAGAAAAUUUAAUUUCAACUUCGACUUCAUCUCCGCCCUGUGAGUGUGUACUCAUAGACCAUUGUGACAAUGGUGAAAAUACAGUUGAUCUUCGUUUAGAUACCAAAAAGCAUCCUUGUUCGAGUUAUCUUGAAAUUUGUUGUUCGUUGGCUGCGAUCAUAUCAACAAAGCCAAUCGCAUGUCCAAGCGUCGGAUGCGGAAUUCGUAAUAGUAAUGGCGUUGGAUUCAAUAUCACUGGUGACAAUAACAUGGAAUCUAAGUUUGGAGAAUUUCCUUGGAUGGUGGCCAUAAUGGAAGAAAAAACAACGAAUCCAUAUGUUUGCGGUGGUUCAUUGAUUCAUCCGAGUGUGGUUCUAACCGCCGCACACUGUAUCGAUCGAAAGACCUCACAAUCGUUGAAAAUUCGUGCGGGUGAAUGGGAUACACAAACCACACGCGAACCACAUCCAUAUCAAGAUAGAUCUAUACGCCGCAUUACAACUCAUCCGGGCUAUCGCCGUGGUUUUCUUCACGGUGUCCUCUACAAUGACAUUGCACUUAUAUUUCUCAUGCAACCAUUUGAUAUUACCAUAUCGGUAAAUACCAUUUGCUUGCCGUAUGCGAAUGAAAAUUUUGAUGAAUCUCGCUGCAUAAGUACGGGCUGGGGUAAAAAUGAAUUCGGUGCAGAGGGCAAAUAUCAAGUGAUUUUAAAACGAGUCGAAUUGCCAGUCGUUUCAAGCGAUACAUGUGCUGAAAAAUUACGAAGAACAAGACUUGGCGGUAAUUUUCAAUUGCAUAAUUCAUAUAUGUGCGCCGGUGGCGAACCCGGCAGCGACACAUGCACGGGUGAUGGAGGCUCUCCGCUGGUUUGUCCUGUCAAAAAUUCACCAGGUCAAUAUGUACAAGCAGGUAUCGUGGCUUGGGGUAUUGGAUGUGGCGGCUCGACACCAGGUGUUUAUGUCGAUGUUUCCUUCUUCAGAGAUUGGGUUGAUGAGGAAAUGAAAUUGAAUCAUUUAAGCACACAAUCAUACCAACGGCAAUAACCAAGCCACUCGUUGCUAUAGUACUAUUGCAUUCAAUUAAUGUGAAUUAAGAAGAUAACAUUUGCUCUUUUAAAAAUACAGUCAAAUCAAUCUAUAGCGGAAACUCUCAAUGGUGGAAAACCUUCACAUAUCCACGCGAUUACGUUGUAGAAAGGUUUUACUGUAAUCAAAAACUUUGACACUUGAUAUUUUCCGUGUAAA